UAGCUAAUGGCAGCCCCAAGCCACCACGCAAGCUCCCUGUGGCCCAGAAGUCAUCACCGGCGCUGUACGCCAUCGCUGCGUUCGUACGCGGUCGGCCCGCAGCGUAAAUUUGAACCGCGGUCGGCCCGCACCCGACAAGUGCCCGGAGAGCUGCCACACACUCCAAUGGCCAGCUUCACCCAGAAGACGAACCCCUACAAGCACCUCAGCGGAAGGGAAACCACGCUCUUAACCCACCUCCAGCCGGCCACACCAAGUAUAGCCGCGUCCGACGCCUUCUACGCGGUACCCUAUCGGAGCGGCGGCGGCGGCCCAGUGUACAUUGGGCGGCUCGAUCAAACAAGUAAAGUAGAGCCGGCGGAGGCCCUCUCAAACUGCGUCCAGGGCCACAAGGCCGAAGUCAAAGCCGUCGCCUUCUCGCCCUUCCAUUCCGCUCUAUUAGCGACGGGCGGCGAGGACUGUAGGGUGAGAAUCGCGGCGAAUGUCGAGGACCCGUCGAAGGAAUCGCUGGAGGUCGGCGCCCACGGCUCCGGCGUCCGCUGUUUACAGUUCCAUCCCGCCGCGGAGCACGUCUUGCUCUCGGCUUCAAAUGAUGGAAGCUGGGCGACGUGGGACGUCGCUUCGGAACUGAAUCGGGCCGCUUCCAUUCAUACCGGUAAGCUUGAUGCUGCUGUCACGCACGUGGACUGGAAUCGGUCGACGUUCGCGGCGUCGUGUCGGGAUCGAACGCUCCGAUGUGUGGAUGUGCGGACGGGGGCGGUGGCGUGGUCGUCCGUGCCGCACGGCGGCGCGCGGGCGUUCCGCGCGGUCUUCGCCUCUAGAAUCGAGCAUUGCGUAUUGUCCGUCGGCUCCGCGACGUCGGGCGGCCGCGAGGUGUCGCUAAUUGACGUGAGGAAGCCCGACGCCGUCGUCGCUCGAGCGGUGAUUGACGCGCAAUCUGGUGAUGUUUUAUCUCACUGGGACGAGGAUUCUGGAUUAUUAUGGUGCGUCGGCCGCGGCGAUAGGGUUAUGAGACGCUUCGAGUGCACCUCCUCUGCCAUAACUCAAGGCGCGACGUGGCGGUCGGAGCAGGCCGCCUGUACCUCAUUCUGCGCGCUGCCCCACAAGCUGAGGGACGUCAUGGACCUCGAGGUCUUCAAGUGCUUAAGAUUGACCACUUCCACAGUAGAUACGGCCUCGUUUCGGGUCGUAAGGACCGAGGACCACAAAGCCUUCUUCAACGACGACAUUUUUGGAGAGACGCGCUCUAGGUUCCCUUCCACCACAGCCAAGCGCUGGGCCGCCGGCGAGUGCCCUCCGUCAUUGACGGAGUCGUGCCAGCCUUUGGGCACGAAGUUGUUGUCGGAGCGCGUGGUCGAGAGGAAGGUCUUGAACACGGUCGUCGUCAACGAGCGCCGGGCCUCGGAGAAGGAAGAUCGCGCCAAGGACGACGCGGCGAUUGAUAGAUUGGCGCAGCUCGCCGACCAGUUUGCGAACGCGAACGUGAACCUGUCCAUGGGUGGCAAUGGUGUGGAUGCCCAGGUGCAGGAUACUGGUGAUGUGGAGAGCGACGAGUGGGACGACUCCGAUUGAUUCUCUUGCCCCCGCUCCUGCUCCUGCUCCUUUGCUCUUGCUGCGCUUGUUAACGCGCGCGGGGGCCUGAGACGGGGCCUGCAGGGCCGCAAGACGGUGCGGGCACUUGUCCUCGAGGGAAAAGUGUGGUGCGUGUCAGCACGCCACCGCCGCGACUAAGUGAAUGUGAAAA